GGAGGGUGUCGCAGUCGCUCCCAGCUGCAGGCUGCCACCCACAUUUUCUUCAGAUACCUGGUGACCUUAGACGAGGACCCUGGAGAAUCACCGAGGUCAGGGCCCUGCGUCCACGCUCAGACUUGCAUGGAGGAGUUUCCCUUUAGGGCCACUGAAGAGCUGCUCGCAGGUGCGCAGGUACCAGCGUACAGAACUGCUUGCAGGGCAGUAUCACUUUUGAAGAUGUGGCUGUGUACUUCUCUUGGGAGGAGUGGGAUCUUCUUGAUGCGGCCCAGAGACACCUGUACCUUGAUGUGAUGCUGGAGAACUUGGUACUAACAUCCUCUCUGGAUUGUUCAUGUGGAGCGGAAGAUGAAGUGGCACCUUCUAAGCUGGGCCUUUCUGUGGAAUCCUCACACGUUGGGACACCAAAAGAAGGGUCGUCUUCCCAGAAUGCCUACAGUUGUGAAAUUUGUGGCCUGGUUUUGAGAGAUAUUCUACACUUGGCUCAGCACCGUGGAACACAUUGUGGGAAAAAACCAUAUUCCUAUGGGAAACAAUUCUACUUCACUGAUAAUCUUCCUCAGCACCAAAGGCAGCACAUUAAAGAGUUACCCUUUGGAAACUCUGUGGACAGAACCUCAUUUAUAAAGAGCUGCAUGGUCCAUGUGUCAGGGAAGCCUUUUACUUGGAAGGGAGUUGGGAGGGGCUUCCUGGCCAGCAUGGGAUUUCCCUGUCCGGAAACCACUCACACAGGGGAAAAACCAAGUAACUGUCAGAUGGCCUUUCACAGUGGGAAAAAUCAUAACUGGGGAGAAUGCAAAAAAGCCUUCAGCCACACAAACAUACUGGUUCAGCACCAGGGAGUCCUCACCGGGAAAAGGCUUUUUGAGUGCAGCAAGUGUGGGAAAGCCUGUACACGAAGGUGUAAUCUAAUUCAGCACCAGAAAGUCCACAGUGAAGACAGGCCUUACGAAUGCAAUGAGUGUGGAAAAUUCUUUACCUACUACUCUAGCUUCAUUAUCCAUCAGAGAGUUCAUACUGGAGAAAGGCCUUAUGAGUGUGAUGAAUGUGGGAAAUCCUUCAGUCAGAUCUAUAGUCUCAACAGCCAUAGGAAAGUUCACACUGGAGAAAGGCCUUAUGAGUGUGAGGAAUGUGGGAAAUAUUUUAGCCAAAGGUCCAAUCUCAUUCAACAUCAGAGAGUUCACACUGGAGAAAGGCCUUACGAAUGCAAUGAAUGUGGGAAAUCUUUUAGCCAGAACUUUAGCCUCAUUUACCACCAGAGAGUGCAUACUGGAGAAAGACCUCAUGAGUGCAGUGAGUGUGGGAAAGCCUUUAGCCGAAGUUCCAGCCUCAUUCACCACCGAAGACUUCACACUGGAGAGAGGCCUUAUGAGUGCAGUAAGUGUGGGAAGUCUUUCAAGCAGAGCUCCAGCUUCAGUUCACAUCGGAAAGUCCACACAGGGGAAAGGCCUUAUGUAUGUGGAGAAUGUGGAAAAACUUUUAGCCAUAGCUCCAACCUUAGGAACCACCAGAGAGUUCACACUGGGGAAAGGCCUAUUAAGUGCAAAGAAUGUGGGAAAUCCUUCAGCUGCAAAUCUAACCUCAUUAAACACCUGAGAGUUCACACUGGAGAAAGGCCUUACGAGUGCAGUGAAUGUGGGAAGUCCUUUAGCCAAAGUUCUAGCCUCGUUCAACACCGGCGAAUUCACACUGGAAAAAGACCUUAUCAAUGUAGUGUAUGUGGGAAAUCCUUCAGCUCCAAAUCUGUCCUCACUCAACACCAGAGAGUUCACACUUAGCUGUGUGUGGAAUACACACAUUGCUUAUACUAUCAUACUGGAUCAGACCACCUGAGAGAGCCAUGUAUCUGAAUUGAACCCUUAAGAUAUGAAGACACAUAGUGGGGAGAGUCCCCUUCCAGGUCAUAGAAGCUUAACGCAAGUGUGUUUAACUUUCUAAUCUGUGCAGAGGCUUUGGCAUUUGUCACUGUUUUGAGGCAGAGGGAAUUUCACUACUACACUUGGAAGUCUAUACAGUGUACCAGUCACCACUCCAGCAUGUACAGAAAAGCUGGCCUUUGGUUCCCUUUUGCUGGAUGAAGAUGUGACAAGUCUAAACUCUGAUUCCUGUUUUCCUGAAGUUAGGGCACAAACUUGACCCAGGUAGUACUGAUGACCCAGGUAAGUAAGUGUUUGGGCAGCUUGUUGAGAAGAGCUCUUCUGACUGGAUUUUUUCCAGCUUCUAAGUCACCAGCCUGGAAACUACCUGCUUACAUUGUUUUGAUUUUUGUAAUAAUAAAGACUUCAUUAUUUAAGUUA